AUGGCGGCCGCCAACGAUUUGAAGAAGACGGUCGUCCUCCGAAGCUCUAACGGCGAGGAGUUCGAGAUCGAGGAGGCCAUGUCUUUGAAGGGCGACGGGUUCAGGAAGGGGACGUUGGUGGUGACGACGGAGGAGAUCGUCGGGGCUUUGAAGAGAGUGAUGGUGGGAGGGGAGGAGUACAAGGAAAUAAGGAUCGAGGCGAAAGAGCUCGGGGCGACGGCGCAUAGGGCGGUGGAGGAGGCCUUUAAUCGCGCCACCAAUUGCGCACCGAGCUCGCCGCCUUCUCCACUCGUCUUUCACCGUUCCUCUUGCGCGUUCGCCAAUGGCAUCCUGCUAGGUAUGGCAAGUGCUCUGGAAACACUUUGUGGUCAAGCGUAUGGAGCAAAACAACAUCAUAUGCUAGGAAUUUACCUGCAGAGGUCAUGGAUAGUCUUGAUAAUUUGCACCAUCCUUCUCCUCCCUCUCUUCAUCUUCACAGCUCCAAUCCUUCGUCUUCUCGGCCAAGAACAAUCAAUUGCAUCAAUGGCAGGAACCUUCUCAUUGUGGUUCAUCCCCGUUAUCUUUUCCCUUGUCUUCUCCUUCACCUUUCAGAUGUAUCUCCAAUCCCAGAGCAAGAACCGAAUCAUUUCGUAUUUAGCUGCACUAUCGCUCAUUCUCCACAUUUCUUUGUCUUGGAUAACUGUAACAAAGCUGCAUAUGGGAGUUUCUGGGGCAAUGGGCUCAAUGGUAUUGGCAAUGUGGAUACCAACAUUUGGUCAGUUUGCGUUUUUAUUGUGUGGGGGAUGCCCGGAUACUUGGACGGGGUUUUCGUGGAUUGCUUUCAAAGAUUUAUGGCCUGUUAUUAGGCUCUCAUUGUCAUCAGGUGCAAUGGUUUGUUUGGAAGUAUGGUACAACACUAUAUUGGUUUUGCUAACAGGGCAUAUGCAAAAUGCUGAGACGGAGAUUGAUGCUCUCUCUAUCUGCCUCAACAUCAAUGGAUGGGAAAUGAUGAUAUCUCUUGGUUUCUUGGCAGCAGCAGGUGUUCGAGUGGCAAAUGAGCUAGGCGGUGGCAGUGCAAAAGCUGCAAAAUUCUCUAUUGUUGUGGUGGUCGGCGAAUCACUUUCCAUUGGAUCUGUUCUCUUCGUUUUGUUUCUAUUAUUUCGCGGGAGUCUUGCUUAUGUAUUCACAGAGGACGGAGAAGUGGCACGCGAAGUUGCUGUCCUCUCUCCUCUGUUGGCUUUCUCCAUUCUACUGAAUAGCGUUCAGCCAGUGCUAUCUGGGGUCGCUGUGGGCGCAGGGUGGCAAAGUGUGGUAGCCUAUGUGAAUGUUACGUGUUACUACUUGAUCGGGAUACCCCUAGGAAUUGUGCUCGGAUAUUUGAUUGGUUAUCAAGUCAAUGGAAUCUGGAUAGGAAUGAUACUGGGAACGUUAGUUCAGACGCUUGUUCUUGUCUGCAUAACUUGGAGAACAAAUUGGGACAAGCAGGUAACUAUCGCUCAGGAGCGCGUCAAUAAGUGGCUGCUACCAAAAUCCAAUGUGGCUUGUGGCGGAAGAGGAACUGCAUGAUCAACUAAUCAGAAGAAAUUUCUUUAGAAAAAGAGAAGUAUGAACACUUUCUCUUAUGAGAAUUAAUGCAUAUUUUAGGUGAUACAUUGUGAAAUAGAUUUCAAUAAAAAUGCAUUAUGUUUGUUUCUUGGUCUUA